CAUAUACAUGAUCCAUGACAGGAAAAGUACCACAAUGGCGUCGUCAUUGGAAAAUUUAGAAACUCAACUGGAACUGUUUAUUGAAAAUGUUCGACAGAUCAGGAUAAUUGUGGGUGAUUUUCAACCUCAGGGUCAAAAUGUAUUAAAUCAAAAGAUUCAGGCACUUGUUCACGGGCUUCAGGAGGUUGAUAAAUUGAAAUCUCAAGUUCAGGAAGUACAUGUACCUUUGGAAGUUUUUGACUAUAUUGAUCAAGGCCGAAAUCCUCAAUUGUACACUAAAGACUGCAUUGAGAAGGCACUGACCAAGAAUGAGCAGGUGAAGGGAAAGAUAGAUGCUUAUAGGAAGUUCAAAGCACACCUACUUGUCGAACUGAACAGUGUUUUUCCAAAUGAACUGACAAAGUACCGUGCCAUCAGGGGAGAUGAACGUCCUCUUACUUAAAACCUGCUUGUGAAUAUUGUGACAUUGCAUAAGGAUAUUUUUAUUAUUAUUAUUAUAAUGAUUAUUGUUUUGAUGUAUGUUAUGGGCUGACUUGUAAUUUGCUAUAUAGUGUAUAUGGUACAUACAAGUUAUAUUAUUAUUCAGAUUUUCAUGCGUUCUUUAUAUUAAAUUACAUCUGUAGUUAUUGUAUCCCCCACCACACAACUCCUGUGGUACUCUACCCAAUCUGCUUUAAGCUAUGUCAAUUUUUAUGAGGUUGAGUGGCUCCUAGAAUUUCUCAAAUAAAUUCAGUCUGUGUUCUCCCCUUAAUUCCUGGGAUCAACUUUCACACCCAUAAGAAAAUGUAGGCAAAAUUACAUCUAUAUUUUAAUUUUUACAUUUUAAGGCAGCAGAUGAGAAGACAAAAGGUUAUGAACUGAAUGGUAGCGUUACCUGACAUUAAUCUGAUUUUAAUUUCCCCAUUAAUAAAAUUUUGAUUUGUUACUGUCAGUUCCAAAUACUUGAACUUUUCCAUAUUUUUGAAGGAUAACUUAGUUAUGUGUUACGAUUUUGCCCUGCAUUAUGGUGAUAGAGAUAUUAACAUAUACUUUUGCUUUCUCUGUGCUUGCUCUUAGACCUGCAUCAUUAAUUAAUAUCAUUUAUAGUUUCUGUUUUUCUUUAUGGUGGUCUUUGUUAUAUCCUAAUGGAAUUACAUCAGCAGCUAAUGUAUCCCAUUUAAUUUCAGUCCCACCCAGUUUUCUUGGACCUUCAUAAUGGCAUAUUCUAAAGCAAUCAUAAGACAUCUUGCUUUAGACCAUUCUGAAUAGGAACUGUAUCAGACAAAUGUUUAUCUAUACAGACUUUUACAGGUUCCAUUUCAGCACAUUUUAUAAGCCUAAACAGUUUCAUGGGUACCCAAAACUCAGUGAAAAUAUUGUACAAUUCUUCCCUCCUAACUGAAUCAUAGGCUUUCUUGAAGUCUAUGAUUUACUGUCUCGUUGCACUCACAUUUUUUCUUCAGCGUUUGACGAGCGCAGAAAUACAAUCAGUAGUUUACAACAGAAGGACCAGGCUCAGAUACUAAUUUUUAAGCUGUAUUUAUUUCCAUAUGCCUAGCAACAUUAACCCUGUAUACAUUCAGUAGCCAAGGGAAGUAAUUCUUCCACCUGUUUGAAAUACUGUGAAAAUCUUCAAGCAGAUCACCAUUCUCAUCCUUUACCAAGUUUGUUCUAGGUUGGUAACCCUUCUUAAAUUCAUUUAUUCCUAUACAUAAAUAUCUAAUUCUCUUGUUCUUACUGUGACUCUGAAGACUCACAGAUCCACCAGACAGUAAAAUUAGGUCAUGAGUCCCAUGGAACUUGGAACUAAGAAUCACAGUGUUGGUGAUGGCCUGCAGCAAUUUAUCAGUCAGUCAGAUCUUCCUGUGUGUUACAAGCUCAUUAUUUUUGUCUUUUAGAUAUACCCUCUUAUUAUUCCUGAAAUGUCUGCAAGUUUCACUUCUUACACUGUUCGCAUUGUCCCAUUUAUUAGAUUUGGAACUUGCAACCAUUGCAGUUUAGUUUGUUUCCUUUGACCUAAUAGUUAUGAACACCCUUUGUUGAACCCUGGCUUAUACUGCUUCAGUUCAUAAUAACACAGAUUCGUUUUGGUUGAAAAUUUGAUAUUCUGUAUAAUAGUUUCUAAAGCAUUAUUAAUAUCCACAUCAUCAUCAUCUAAGUUUUCCAAAGCUGUGAACCCAUAUAAGGUUCUAUCAGGUACAUUCAAAUGAAAUCUAUUUAUUUACAUGGUCAAUCUGUAUCUUUCCAUGAGGAAGUGUCCAAGUAAAUUCAUGGAUAUUGCAAUGUGGGAACAUUUGUACUCUUGACCAUCAGAUUUUUGGAUGUGGCAAAGUUUACUACUCCAUUAUCAUUAUUAAUUUUGUUUAACUUCAUUCACAGUUAUUUGAAAAUCUGCUCUACCUACUGUGGCAGUGAAAUCUAACAUGUUCAUGUGGUACUCAGGGAAUACACAUUCUAAUUCCUCAUAGAAACUGUCCUUUGGACCAUGAAUAUUUAGAACAAUGAUACUGCACCACCAACCUCUUAGUACUACAAAAAUCCUAUCACCAGCAAACUCCACCCUUUUAGCUGCUGAUAUGAUUCUCUUAUGUACAAGAAAUCCUGUCCCUAAUUCAUGAUUCUCAUUCCCCUUUCCAUAGAAGAAUUUAUAAUCACCUGCUGGUUCAAUGCAACCCCUAUCCCAUCUGACCUCUUGUACUCUCACUAAUUCUAACUUACACUUCACUAUUUCUCUUUUGGCUGUUACCAGUGAACCUGCCCUAUAAUGACUCCUUACACAUACCAAAACUCAUGCCCAUUUUCCUUAGCUAAGUUCAUUUCAAAGAAUCUGUCCGAGGUCCUACACAACCUUUCAUUACAGACUGUACUUUUACAGCAAGGAUUUCUUAUCCCCAAGCUGGAGGACCAUACCUUGUCCAUGACUGCUUAUUUAAUACAUUCAGCUACCCUCAUAUCUGGAGGCUGUCUCCUCUAUCUGCAGUCUGAGGACAUGCCAUGCCAUGUUGACAUACAACUUGUAUACUUUUUUAAUUACAUCAAAAUGUGGAGAGUUGAACAAUAUAUUUAAAUAUACAAGUAAAGAAUUA